AAGAAUGCCACGAUUGCGUUAAUCAAAAUCUAUCGAUCUGACGUAUCAAUUCGAUCGGAAAGCCAUUAAGAGUUUGAUCGCUCAUCGAAUAAGUUUACGUUCAAUUUAUCCACGCCCGAGACAAGUUAGAUUGUUCUUUUUUUUUUACUGCUAUUAUUAUUGUUAGCUUGAUAUAAUUAACCUGAAAUGGAACCUGGACAAUUAAGUAAAGACCAAAAGAAACAACUGAAAACAGCUUUCGAUGCAUUCGACCACCAAAAAAAUAACACCAUUCAAACCUCAGACAUCGCUACAAUCGUGAACAUGAUGGGUAUAGAGUUAGAAAACCCUGCAGACUUAGACAACGCCAUCAUGGAAGUUGAUACCUUUGGAAGCGGGGAAGCUAAAUUCGAAGAUUUCUGCACGAUAGUCGCCAGAUUUAUGGAAGAAGACGUCGAUAUUGAAACUUUGAAAACAGAAUUGAAAGAAGCCUUUCGGCUUUAUGAUCGUGAAGGAAACGGAUAUAUUACCACUGAAUGCUUCAGAGAAAUUCUCAGUGAAAUUGACGAGAAUCUUAAUAAUGACGAGCUUGACAUGAUGAUUGAAGAAAUUGACGCUGACGGUUCCGGAACUUUAGAUUUUGAAGAAUUUGUGGAGGCAAUGACGCACUGAUUGUCCCUGGAUGGAGAAAUUGUAAUUGUAACAAUUCAUUAAUUAUCAUCAUACAUUAUAUAUCGUACAAAAAAAAAAUUGUACGGUUAAUACAUGUUAUAUCACCGGUUGCGCUGUAUUUGUAAUAAAAAUAUUGAAAUAAAUAACGUUUUAAAAA